AUGGCUACGCCACAGAUUUUGAAAAAUGGUGGCUACCUCUGGCUUGUGCUGGAUGAAGACUCGAGAUUCAAUCUUCACAAUAUUCAACAGAUGCGACCUAUGUACUAUAUCAUCGAAUUCACAAUGCACCAAAAGCCAAGACUUAAUCCCUUGAACAUCAGGGGCAAGCGAAAGGCCACACUUGGACGCAUGCUGCAGGAUUAUCUAACAGAUUGUAAUACUGAUGGCUAUGUGUCAGAGUUCGGGCUGGAGACGUUCUUUCAAUUCCCUUUCCACCUUCCAUCCACCGCCGCAAGAAACCCAUGGUCAUCGACGACGAUACGGAUGCAGAGACGGACGCACCUCGAUCCCCGCCGCGAGAGUUACGGAGAAAGAGACGCCUUACGGACUAUAGCAUUCCAAGAGCGGCUGGUGGUGUCCCUCGGGGAUCGGAUUCCUGCAGGGGAGGCCGGACAGAAAGAAGUCCAACGCAUCAAGCAGCAAAAUGCAUCUAUGAGCAGGGACAAUCAGCAGAACAGGGACAGCCACAAAUAUUUCAGCAAUAUGGAUGGAAGCUAUACCUGCUUGAAAUCAUUCUGA